GAUCAAAGAGAUGAUGAAGUUUGCCUGGGAUAACUACAAGCAGUACGCCCUGGGGAAGAACGAGCUGCGCCCGCUGACCAAGAACGGCCACAUCGGGAACAUGUUCGGAGGCCUUCGAGGAGCAACUGUGAUCGACGCCUUGGACACCCUGUACAUCAUGGAGCUCGAGGAGGAAUUCCAGGAAGCCAAGCAGUGGGUGGAGAAGAGCUUUGACUUGAACGUGAAUGGAGAAGCUUCCCUGUUCGAGGUGAACAUCCGCUACAUCGGGGGGCUGCUGGCCACCUACUACCUGACUGGAGAGGAGGUGUUCAAGAGCAAAGCCCUGGAACUUGGAGAGAAACUUCUGCCAGCCUUCAACACCCCCACUGGAAUCCCGCGUGGAGUCAUCAACCUGGGCAGUGGCAUGAGCUGGAGCUGGGGCUGGGCAUCUGCUGGCAGCAGCAUCCUGGCAGAGUUUGGGACGCUGCACCUGGAGUUCCUGCACCUCUCCGAGCUCUCUGGCAACCCAGUGUUUGCAGAAAAGGUCAGGAACAUCCGCAGGGUGCUCAGCAGAGUGGAGAAGCCCCAGGGCCUGUACCCCAACUUCCUGAGCCCGGUGACGGGGAGCUGGGUGCAGCACCACGUCUCCAUCGGGGGGCUCGGGGACAGCUUUUAUGAAUAUCUCAUCAAAUCCUGGCUGAUGUCAGACAAGAAGGACUCUGAAGCUAAGAAGAUGUACGACGAUGCCCUGGAGGCAAUAGAAAAGCAUUUGGUGAAGAAGUCUGCAGGAGGCUUGACCUACAUUGCUGAGUGGAGGGGCGGCAUCCUGGACCACAAGAUGGGGCACCUGGCCUGCUUCUCCGGGGGCAUGAUUGCCCUGGGGGCCCAGCACAGCACCGGGGACAGGAGGCAGAGGCACAUGGAGCUGGCAGCAGAGAUCACCAGCACCUGCCACGAGUCCUACACACGCUCAGGUACCUCUAUCUUCUGUUCUGUGAAGAUGACGUGCUGUCCCUGGAGGAUUGGGUGUUCAACACCGAGGCUCACCCCCUGCCCAUCAACCACACGGACUUGAGGGCAGCAGGGCAGCCCUGAGGCCCUGCCCAGCUCCUGCUGGCCCAGCCUGGGCAGACUCUGCUUUUCCUUUCCAUUGAAGGAAUUCCUGCUGUUCCUGAAAUGGUGUUUUGGGGCACUAGUCCAAUUGCGGACAGGAUUUUCUCGGGAAGAUGAACCAUGACUAAGCACCUUCUUUUCCUCUGUGAGGAGCUCUAUUAGGCUGAUGAUGAGAUGUUUAUUCUGGGCCAUACUGUACACAGUUCAUAGACAUUCCUUUAUACAGAGAAUUUAUAUGAAAUCCACUGAUUUUGCUUUAUAGUGGCCAAAGGACUGGAAGUUUGCCAUAAAAUAGACUUUACACCCACACAAACACACACACACACACACACAUCCUCCUUUCCUUUCUCUGGUUCAUUUCUGCCUUUUGUCUGCUCUUGGAUUUAUCACCUUUCCAGUGAACAGCUCUCAGUGUUCUGGGAUUUCUGGUGCUCUGGGGGCUCUGCAGGAGAAUGAGGAAGGGGAGUUGUCCUUGGUUUGGGAGAGCAGCUGGAAUUGUUGGGGAUGGUGAGGAGGUGCUGGGAGCUCAGGAGUGAGGGGAGGACAGGGACAGGUGAUGUUUUGCUGGGAAAUGAGAGCAUCAGACCCUGCACACACAGGAGCAGCCUCAGGCUGGAAUUUACAGAUUUCAUGGGGGAACUUGAACCACCCUGAUCCCCGCUGGAGAGGUAACUCAGGAGCAAUCCUGGAGGCUCCUGGAGUGAGAAAUUCCUCCUGCAAGGGACACAGGAGCCAACAGAGAGAGCCCAGAACGAGAUCCAAGGCUGUGGAUGGUGAGUUCAGGAUCCUGAGGGCACCAGGGAAGGGGGAAAGCUCCAGCCUGGACCUCUCAGAGGGACAGGUGACACAGCCCUGGGGGACAGGUGACACUGGGCUUCAGGUGGCCCUGCCUGAGCACUGUCCCCUCCAGCCUCAGCCAUUCUGUGACUCUGCGGUGUCACAACUGUAACUAAACCAAAAUCCUUGCUCCUGAUGUAUUUUUAUAUACUUUUUUUUUUUCUGUGCUCUUAAAACACAUUUACCACCCAUCACAUCUCAUUUAACUUUCCUUUUAUUGUUGGGUUUUUUUUGGUGUUUUUCUACUUUUAUUUGGAACUAAAUGUUACGAGUCACUUGUAAUAAUUUUACUGCUGUAAUAGUCAGAUCUGUGAAACAGAAUAAAAGUCUUGUAAAAUAAAAAGCCUGUUGGGGUUGAUCCUGUAAAAGACC